UCAGGUGCAAAUGUUCUUUGCCUAGUACAUCACUGGCUAGUGGCAGUUGAGAGGCAGCAUUUGUAAAAUCACCGAGCUCGCCGUCCAGUGCGGUGCGGCGCAGGAGGCGAGAGCCAACCGACGUCACUCCACCAACCGCGGCGCGCGUGAUUCGGUCAGGAGGAGAUGGGAAUCGGUUGGCAUCGUCUGCUCAUCUCCAUCUGCUCCGCCCCGCCCACCGAUGGACACCCCAUCCAUCCAUCCUCGCAGCAGGAAAGGAUAGAUAGAUAGAGAAGAUCGAUCGGCUCAUCGGCAGAUGCUGUCCAUGGUGCGGCGGCCGCUCUCCACCGCCGUGCCCGCCGGCAACCUCCUCGGCAUCCACCUCUUCCAGUGCCCCGACACCGUGGGCAUCGUCGCCAAGCUGUCCGAGUGCAUCGCGUCCCGCGGCGGCAACAUCCACAGCGUCGACGUCUUCGUCCCCGACGACAAGCGCGUCUUCUACUCCCGCAGUGAAUUCACCUACAACCCAAGGCUCUGGCCGCGUGACGAGCUGCACAAGGAUUUCCUCAACCUGUCACACUGCUUUAGUGCGCAGAGGUCGACCGUACGAGUGCCUGAUCUUGACCCCAAAUACAAGAUCUCAGUCCUCGCUUCAAAGCAGGACCAUUGUUUGUUUGACUUAUUGUAUAGAUGGCAAGAAGGCAGGCUUCCAGUUGACAUUAAUUGUGUCAUAAGCAACCACGAUAGGCCAGAAGAUAAUCAUGUGCGAAGAUUUCUUGAGAGGCAUGGAAUUCCAUAUCACUACUUACCAACCACAUCUGGGAACAAACGAGAGCAAGAGAUACUAGAAUUGAUUGAAGGCACAGAUUUUGUUGUGCUGGCAAGAUAUAUGCAGAUACUGUCAGAAAGCUUUUUAAAAUCAUAUGGUAAAGAUAUUAUUAACAUUCAUCAUGGACUUCUUCCCUCGUUUAAGGGGGGCCAUCCUUCCAGACAGGCCUUCAAUGCUGGGGUAAAGUUGAUCGGUGCAACUAGCCAUUUUGUCACUACCGAACUUGAUGCUGGGCCAAUCAUUGAGCAGAUGGUUGAACGAGUUUCUCACAGAGACACACUAUGGAGUUUUGUAGUGAAGUCUGAGAACCUUGAGAAGCAGUGCCUAGCAGAGGCUAUUAAGUCAUACUGCGAGCUCCGCGUCUUACCAUAUGAACUGAAGAAGACUGUUGUAUUCUGAGCUAUUUUUUCUUACAGAUUGGUGUGGUGUUGUGUGUAUUAUUUUUUUCACAAAACAAGCAAUAAAUGAUUAAUUUUCCUAUAUUUCCACAAGCGCUCACUAGCAUUUUGUGAUUAUGCAUGUCUUAUUCUGGUUUGAUAUGAUGAGCGUACUUGAGCAGUAGCAACGAAUUAUUCAUUGGAACUUGUUCCUGGUAAGCAUAUAUAAUUAUAUAAAAGCACACGAGAAGAAAACAGUUUGAAGUUACUACAUAAACUCUCUCCUGCAUUUUGCUCGAAGGUACUUCCAUUCACUGCUGCUUUUCAGUUACUAAACAAAAUGAGCCCUUUCUGAUUCUGUUGAUUCUACUGCAAGGUUGCAAGGAAUGAAGGAAUCACAAAGUUGAUAUCAAGCUACCCUACAUCCGAAUACCGUUUCGACACCCUCAUGAAGGCGCUCGCAGAAGGUCUUGCCGAGGAUGAUGGAUAGCAGUCAGUCUGCCGCAGUCCCUCCUGGUCCUGGACGAGCUGUUUGUUUUGAUGAUUAUGGGGCCCAGUUGACAAGUGAUGCUCACACUGCAUGAUAAAUCUGAAACCGUAUUCAACUAAAAAAAGUUAUUGAAGCUAAGUUCUCUAUAGCUAUUUUUUCUGACCUAGUUUUGCUGAUUUGAAGAAAGAGCCGACUCUGCUGUAUGAAGAGUUAGCCUCAAUCAUUCUGGACAAGUUGUUUUGGACUGUCUAGACAUACAGUAACGCCCUGCAUUAGAAAAGCAGAGAUUCAUUGCCA